UUGCAUUGAUCAGAGUCUCACAACGCCUCGGACAAAGAUGCAACCAAACUGCUGCCCGUGUGCUGCCGAUAAGCUUUGAAUUACCUGAAGAACGAAGGCGUUACAAGCGGCACUCUCUGCACAACUUUGCGCGCACAGCUUCCACAGCGCACAGCCACGAUGCUGUUACCGUCCGGCGCGCUGUUAAUGCUGGCGGCUCUCUACCUAUGUGUGGAUCUGACAGGAGCUGAGGGUUGUGGUACAUCAUGUGGAAACUGUGACUGCAGUGGUGUGAAAGGAGCGAAGGGUGAGCGUGGGUUUCCCGGUCUUCAAGGUAAUAUGGGAUUCCCCGGGAUGCAGGGACCUGAGGGCCCUCCAGGGCCGAUGGGCCCCAAGGGAGAUUUGGGUGCACCUGGGGCUCCUGGACUGAAAGGAGUGAGGGGUCCUCCUGGUCUGUCAGGUUUCCCAGGAAACCCAGGACUACCAGGCAUCAAUGGAAAUGAUGGUCCACCUGGUCCACCUGGUAUCCCAGGAUGCAAUGGGACAAAAGGAGAAAGAGGAAGAGAUGGCGCUCCUGGUUUUCCUGGUCUUCAAGGACCGAAUGGAAUACCAGGAAUCCCUGGAAUGAAGGGUGAUCCUGGUGGUGUGAUUGGAAUUGUUCCAAUGAAAGGAGACAAAGGAUUUCCUGGCACACCUGGCAGACCUGGACCACCUGGCCUCACUGGACCUGUUGGACCAACAGGACCCCCUGGCUAUCAAGGGCCCAAAGGUGAUCCUGGCCCUCCUGGCCCGCCUGGAGAGAAGGAUGACAAGUUGGCCUUUGUGGGUGCAAAAGGAGACAAGGGUGAGAAAGGAUUUCAAGGCCCACCCGGCCCUCCUGGACCUCCAGCAGCAGAAUUGAAAGGAACGCCUGAAACAAUUUACAUUCCUGGGCCACGGGGGUUCACAGGAGAACAGGGGGAGAAAGGAGACAAAGGCCUCUGCAUCCCUCAUCACCACAAUGUCAAAGGCGAUAUUGGCCCAGAUGGGCCACAGGGUAAACCUGGGAAGGAUGGAGAGGAUGGGCAAAAGGGAGAAAGCGGUUUUCCUGGACCUCCGGGAUUCCCUGGAUUAGAGGGUCAAAAAGGAGAAAAGGGACCACCUGGUUAUGGUGGUUUACCUGGCCCAGCUGGCCCUCCUGGUUCCCAAGGUUUAAAAGGAGAGAAAGGUUUUCCUGGUCCUCAGGGAGAGCGAGGUCCACCAGGCCAGCAUAUUGAAGGUCCUCGUGGAGAGAAGGGUGAGAAAGGAGAUGUGGGUGAAAAAGGCAAAAGAGGUAUAGAAGGAGAGUCUCUCUUUGGACCUCCAGGACAACCAGGAGCCCCUGGUCCUCCUGGACCACCUGGACCACCGAUUAUUAGUUGUGACGUUCAGAAGGGGAAUCCUGGCCCACCUGGACCUCCAGGGUUACAAGGCGAAGUAGGACAGAAAGGUGACAAAGGGGAUACCUGUGUUCAGUGUGAGGGCUCGGGCCCACCUGGAUUACCUGGCAGUCCGGGCCCUAAAGGAGAGAGAGGACCUCCUGGUACAGCAGGCAGCAAAGGAGAAAAGGGUAUUCCUGGACAAUCUGGACAGCCUGGACAACCUGGUGUUCAAGGAAAUCCUGGAUUGAGAGGGCUCCCCGGUCCUGUUGGAGAGCCAGGGGACAUUUUUGUGGCUCCUGGUCUGAAGGGGGACAAAGGUUUGCCUGGUCAUGAUGGUUUACCUGGACAGCCAGGGCUGGAUGGAUUACCAGGAAACGACGGCCCCCCAGGCCUUCCUGGCCAUAAGGGAGAACCUGCCAGAGAGGGCAUCAAGGGUGAACGUGGACUAAAUGGUGACACUGGUCCUAUUGGCCCUCAAGGAGAGAGGGGUCCACCUGGUGUGCCUGGCUUUGGCCGACCGGGACUGCCGGGAGAGAAGGGCAGUCAGGGGAACCCAGGAUCUACUGGACCACCUGGACCACCUGGUGUAAAAGGUGAGCCAGGAAAAGGUGUGAGCAUUGCUGGUCCUCAGGGCAUCCCUGGACCACGAGGAGAACAAGGCAGUGAGGGACUUAAAGGCGACAGAGGCUUUCCAGGAGACAGAGGUUCACCAGGUUUUCCAGGAGAAAAGGGUGAACAAGGACAUCCUGGAAUUGGAUUUCCAGGCCCACCUGGUCCUAAAGGAAUCAGCGGAAUUCCAGGAGACUCAGGAUUACCAGGAGAUCCGGGAAAAUCAGGAAAGGAUGGCUUGCCUGGAUUACCCGGUCCACCUGGACAAAAGGGUGAACCUGGACGAGGUCUUCCGGGUCCAAAAGGUUCACAAGGCCCCCAAGGCGUUAUUGGCUUCCAGGGAGAGAAGGGUCAUAUUGGAUUCCCUGGUGUUCCUGGACGAGAAGGACAGACAGGACCGCCGGGACUUCAGGGAAUUAAAGGUGAAGUGGGACCUCCGGGACUUCCUGGACUGGUUGGCAAACCUGGUGCUCCAGGAAAAGGACUCCCUGGACCUCCUGGACCACAUGGCCCAACUGGAGAGCCUGGACCUCAUGGUAGGGAAGGUGCCAAGGGAGAAAAGGGCUACCCAGGUCCACCUGGUUUAGACAUGCCGGGGCCUCAGGGAGAAAAGGGAAGCCCUGGGUUUCCAGGACAAUCAGGAGAUAAAGGACAGCCAGGAUUUCCAGGUUUACCCGGCAGGGAUGGUCCAUUUGGAAACCAAGGUCCGAAAGGGGAAAUGGGGCUCAUGGGAACACCAGGAGUACCAGGAAUUACUGGGCCUCGGGGUACACCUGGAUCACCUGGUCUAAGAGGCGAUCCUGGUUUUACUGGACCACGAGGCGAUAUUGGAGAGCCUGGAGAAAAAGGUGAAAGAGGAGAGCGAGGUCUUCAGGGACCUCCUGGGAACAUGAGUGAUGUUGACAUGGAGCACAUGAAGGGAGUAAAGGGAGACAAAGGAGACACAGGUUUCCCUGGAAGCACUGGAGAUAGGGGUUCCCCUGGAGUUCAAGGAGAGCCUGGAAUGCCAGGGAAAGAUGGAGAACCUGGAUCACCUGGAAAACCUGGUGACAAAGGAGACUCUGGCGUACCCGGACAGCCCGGCAGUAUGGGACCACCUGGACCAAAAGGUGGAACAGGGGAGAUGGGAAUACCAGGCCCACUUGGUCCAAAGGGUACCAAAGGAGAUCUAGGUACACCAGGACAUCCUGGAUUCAGAGGCGAAGGUGGAAUUAAAGGAGACAGGGGAGCGGAUGGUGAUCCAGGUAUCGGGCUCCCAGGAGUUCCGGGAAUAAAGGGUCAGACUGGUGAGCCAGGACUCCCAGGACCAACUGGAGAAAAGGGUCUGAAAGGUCAAGAGGGUAUGCCUGGCAAGCCAGGACUGCCGGGACCCAAGGGAGACCAAGGAAUUCCUGGGUAUUCAGGUCAAGCAGGUAGACCAGGGGAUAAGGGUAGCCCUGGACUUCCUGGGUCUGCUGGAGAGCCUGGUAACGAUGGCCGGCCUGGUGAAGGUGGUUUGCAGGGGCCUCCUGGUCCACGUGGAGAGAAGGGAGAUCCUGGAAUUGACGGGAUCCCAGGAUCCCCAGGAGAGAGAGGACAGCCAGGUAUGGCUGGCAUAGGUUUGCCUGGGCCACCUGGCGACCUUGGCAGCAAAGGAGACAAAGGCGGCCCUGGCUUUCCUGGCAACCCGGGUAUUCCAGGUGUCCCUGGUGGGAAAGGUGACAAGGGACUUCAAGGCCCACAGGGACCUCAGGGAGAGCCAGGAGAGCGGGGUCUCCCAGGUUUCUCUCUAGAGGGACCUAAAGGAGAGCGGGGAGAAACCGGACAAGCUGGAGAAGCAGGAUCCCCAGGAUUCCCAGGACCUGCUGGAUUGCCAGGCAGAAAUGGCAACAAGGGAGAGAAAGGAGAUCAGGGUUUCCCUGGUUUCCAGGGAGAGGCGGGACAGAAGGGUGAACCUGGACAACCUGGAUUUCCUGGACCAUCUGGCCUUCCAGGUAUUGAUGGACAGAAGGGAGAGAAAGGAUUACAGGGUGUAACUGGCUUCCCAGGCCAAAAAGGUGAGCUUGGAAAUUUUGGCGUUAAAGGAGAAACUGGAGACAGAGGAUACCCAGGCCAAAAAGGUGUUGAUGGCCCCCCUGGUCCACCCGGGCCCCAAAUCUUCAUAAAAGGAGACAUUGGUAUCCCAGGAACUGAAGGUUUGCCUGGACCUCAGGGGCCAAGUGGGCUCCCUGGACAGAAAGGAGAUAAAGGUGUGACAGGUUUUCCAGGACUAAAAGGGGAAGAAGGUCUCCCUGGAUAUCAUGGUCAGCACGGGGCCAAAGGAGAGCCUGGCCUCCCAGGGCCACAAGGACCUAGAGGACACCCUGGCCCACCCGGACCUGAUGGUGUUCCAGGUCCAGUGGGUCCACCUGGCCCUUCGUCCAUGGAUCAUGGUUUCCUUGUAACACGUCACAGCCAAACAGUGGACGUUCCCCUGUGUCCUGAGGGAACCUCCCUCAUAUAUGAUGGCUACUCCUUACUCUAUGUACAGGGCAAUGAACGCUCUCAUGGACAAGACUUAGGUACGGCAGGCAGCUGUCUAAAAAAAUUUAGCCCCAUGCCCUUCCUGUUCUGUAAUAUCAACAAUGUGUGCAACUUUGCCUCCCGUAAUGAUUACUCCUAUUGGCUCACCUCACCUGAGCCCAUGCCUAUGAGCAUGGCACCUAUCACUGGUGAAAGUAUUAAACCCUUCAUCAGCAGGUGUGCUGUAUGCGAAGCUCCAGCCAUGGUGAUAGCAGUUCACAGUCAGACCAUUAUGAUCCCGCCGUGCCCUCAAGGCUGGGACUCUCUGUGGAUCGGCUACUCCUUUGUUAUGCACACCAGUGCUGGUGCUGAGGGCUCAGGCCAGGCUUUGGCCUCUCCCGGUUCCUGUCUGGAGGAAUUCCGCAGUGCUCCAUUCAUCGAGUGUCACGGUCGUGGAACCUGCAACUAUUACGCCAACUCCUACAGCUUCUGGCUCGCUACCAUUGAAGACGAUGAGAUGUUUACGAAACCUGUCCCAGCAACACUAAAAGCAGGCAGCCUUCGAACACACAUAAGCCGCUGUCAGGUGUGCAUGAAGAGGACAUAAACAACAAUACAAGAGGCCCCCAUUUUAUUGCGAAAGCAAUAAGGCGUGCGUUGAUGUCAUCGACUUGGCUUUACUUCCUGUUUUCUAAAGGAUGGUGCUAUUGCCCUGCAUGGCAUGUAUGAUAGGAUCACGGCCAGAGACUGAAAACCAAAACACAGAGACCAAGUGGCUGUUUGCUCCAUGCAGAAACACACAACCACAGCAAGUUAGGAGUGGCACCUAGUUUACCACUGCACUGACAUGCCCCCUGAACUGGUAAACUGGUGUUCAUUUUGAAAGGGCUGUUUGUGUCAGUCAGGUGCUAUUGAAUCUCACUUGUGUGCCUUUUCCUUUUCAUCGUUUCUAUUUUCAUUCCCUACCAGUGUUUCCAAGAUAUAGCAACACAAUAUGAUAUAUUUUCACACCUUAGUUAAACCUAUUAAUGUAAAAGAUAGGACUUACCACUGGUUACAGAUGCUUGCCAUUUAUGCCACCAUAAUGUUGCAGACACAGAUAUAUGCCAAUCACUCUGUUGUAAAUACGAUGCAUUCCUUUUUAACAUAGUUCAACGUACUCGCCUCAGGUUAUUAAUGAGUUACUUUGUGUGUUAUUAAGCCCAUCUAUUUAUAAGAUUUGUGUUGAUGUGAGUUUAUCUGAAAUGCCAUAUAUCCAAAAAAGAAUGUGUUAAUGUGUGACAACCAUUGCCUUAUUAACAUACAAAAUAGCACUGAAAUAGCAUUAGCAGGUGUGACUGUGUCUGAGUGUGUUUGUGUGAGAGGAAGAGAGAUAUGUAUUUGAGUGGCUUGGAAAUGGCAUGUGUGCUACAAUGUCUGCAUAUAUAUUGUUACACAACCCUGUUGUUAACAUUACAGACACACACAAAGAACUAGACAAAAAAAAAAAUCCUUCCUGUAUCUUUUCUUUGUGCAAACAUUUUUAUAACAGCUGUGCUUCCAAGAAUUUUUCCCAUUAAUUGAACCAUAUCCUUAUCAUCGUUGAUCCUAUGGAGAUGCACGUGUAUAGAAGCCUAACAUUUACUUGACUGUUCCCCUUUGUGAAUUUUUUUUUGUUUUCCGUGUUUAUUUAGUCUUCUUUAAGACCGGAGAGUCGUUCUGUUGGUUUUCUCCGAGUACUUCCUCCCACUCUCCAAAGACUUGCAUGGCGUUAGGCUAACUGGUGAUGCUAAAUUGGCCCUAUGUGUGAAUGUGAGCGUGAAUGGUUUUCUGUCUCUCUGUGUUAGCCCUGUGACAGACUGGCAACCUGUACCCCGCCUCUCUGCAUUAGGCUCCAGCCCGACUGCGACCCUGAAUUGGAUAAGCGUAAGAAAAUAGAUGGAUCCAAGUUUCCAUGAUGUGAUGGUUACACAGUCAAGUCAAGGAUAUAUAGUGCCUAUGCAGGUUAAGAUGCUUUAAAAGUUCUUAGCAUAGAGUUGUGUAGAUUUAUUUCUUAAUGUACAGCAUUUGGAGAAAAUUUCAUGCAUAUGUUGAUCUUAGAAAGCCUAUUGGACCUCAAACAUUCUCUGGACCUCUGAAAUAGCUUCAAUGUCUCUGAAAGGGACAUUUCUGUGUCCAUUUAAGAGCUUUUGAAAUAUGCAAAGUUGUGGCAAUGACUGUACACUGACUGCAACCUGUUUCUGUUUAAGUAUAUGCCCUAGUUGUGAUAAAAUGCUCAAUGAAGUUUGUAGAGUUUUAGAAGUGUUUUCCAGCAUAAAGCAAGCCUCCUAACAGUGAUUUUAAGUGAUUACAAGAACAGAAAAUACUUUUUAAGAUUUCACAUCCCAAACUGUGUAAUUCCUUAAAUAAAAUGAUUUGUAGAACAUUUUAUUAAUAA